UCCUUUCUGGUAUGGAGAGACAAAGCUGCCAACAUCAAAUAUGAUCAAUCAAUCAUUUCUGUCAGAUCUGCUCCUAAAAAUACAGUGGUCCAGACUGAUUAUUUAAAUAGUGAAUUUGAAUCUCAAAGAUCUGAGAAGAAUCUUUUCUUUUAGUGAUGAUAUAUUUAGAGCAGAUUUGUGCCAAAACUGUGCCCACAAAAGGGGCAGUAGUUCUUUUUGAUGUUGACAAGUCAUUAGUGUGUUGGUGCUGUGCCUCCCCUUAUUAUUGCUGUCAUUUCUGAAACUGAAAUUGUGUGCCUUAGACGUGGCUCAUCUAGACAGCAGCAUUAGCAUUAUCUGCUUUGCUACUUGUGCCAAGAGUAAAUCUCAUUAACAAUGAGAGGAAUUGGCAGAACAGGGGCUCACUCACAGUCUCUCUGUGUGCACUGUGCGCUAAACAUAGAGGAAGAGGGUGAGUACUAUAUAGAUCUGUGAUUACAACUGAACUGUAUACGAGUGCGGAUCUGAUACUAUUUCCACUGAGCUGCUGAUAGUGAGGUUAUGUGAAUGAUGAGUUAAUUAAAACAUGCUGGUGAUGGAGUAGAGUAUGAAAUAUACAGAAAACCCAAAUGUAUUUUCCAUAUCAAACAAGCCAUCAAAUGCAAAUACUUAUGAAGUAAAUAUACUUCAAUCUGCAAAUUAUGUUCCUACAUAAUGACUUGUGUUACAGCUUCUGCUCCAGAGGUAUUUUUAAACCAGAACCACUAGAUGGCAGACAAGUUUUAUACUAAAAAACAGUUUUCAUUAAGUAAUAUACACUUCUGCUUGAUACUUAGAAAUACAGACUGAGUACCGUAUUCUUUUUGGAUUGGGCUCAAAAAGAAAACUAUAGACAGGCAGUACUGUUGCAGGUUUUAGCUUUUUGGGCUUGGAUUUUAACUGCAUCUUAAAUCAGCGUGUUGGUGCUUUUUGACCAAGACCUUGUUCUGGUUUACUGUAGGUUCUAGUUUUAAUCGCUGUUGCAGUGUUCUGGGUUUGAAUCCAGAUUUGGUUUAUGCUGUAAUAAAUAACCUACACUUAACACACCUGUCCAAAUAUUCACAAAACAGAAAAGAAGAAAAUCAAAACAAAAGACAUGAAUUCAAACCAACAUGGGGCCUGGACAUGCCAAGACAGAGGGGUGGCCAGAGGUGGCACAGGCCACCAGGUCUGAUUAGCCACCCCUGAUGUCCCCUGUACCAAAGUCAGAAGUUGAUAGGUAGUUGGCUUGUUAGUAUCAUGGAUGAGAUGCAAAACCACCACAAAGAGUCGCAAAACAACCACAGAGACACAGAACUACUACAUAGAGACGCAAAACAACCAAAAAGAGAUGCAAAACAUCCACAAAGAGACACAGAACUACCACAAAGAGACGCAAAACAUCCACAAAGAGACACAGAACUACCACAAAGAGACGCAAAACAUCCACAAAGAGACGCAAAACAUCCACAAAGAGACACAGAACAUCCACAAAGAGACACAGAACAGCCACAAAGAGACACAAAACAACCACAAAGAGACACAGAACAGCCACAAAGAGACACAGAACAACCACAAAGAGACGCAAAACAACCACAGAGACACAGAACUACCACAAGGAGAUGCAAAACAUCCACAAAGAGACACAGAACAACCACAAAGAGACGCAAAACAACCACAAAGAGAUGCAAAACAUCCACAAAGAGACACAGAACAACCACAAAGAGAUGCAAAACAACCACAGAGACACAGAACUACCACAAACAGACGUAAAACAACCACAAAGAGACACAAAACAACCACAAAGAGACACAGAACAGCCGCAAAGAGACACAAAACAACCACAAAGAGACACAGAACUACCACAAAGAGACAGAAAAAACAACAAAAAUGAUGCAAUACGGCCAUGAAGAGACACAGCACAACCACAGACAGACACAGGACAACUACAAAGAGAGGCAAAAAUAUUACAGAAGACAUGGCCGUGUCAUUUGUGGCCUGCGUCUCUUUCAGUCUGGGUGUCUUGCUCCUAUGUAGGAGGGGUCAGGGGUCAGGGCCAUAGUCUCAUACUCCAGGCUAUUUGGAGUUACAAGUAGCAGCUUUUUAUUGAUAGGACUAUUAUUUCAUAUUAUAAUAUAAUACAAGUUUUUUGGCAUUAAUUUACUACACUGAAUAAUUAUUGUAACUAUUAAUAAUGUAUAUUUUAUUAUUACCAAGAACCUGGCUUUGAAUUUGAGUCAUUUUCACUCAUUUUACGAAUGUGCCCCAUUCAUUAAAACUAUGCCCCAGUCCGCCCCCCUUAUAAAGUUUGACUUGCUUCAGAUUGGGGUGGUGGUCGUCCUUUUUUAGGUACCGUAUACGUUUUUACUACAGCUUCUAGACAGGCUCGCUUUCUGUGCCUAUACCUCAAUAUAUUGUGCGCACAUACUGGUGACUUUACGGUACUCCAUCUCUCUGCGCACCGUGCCUGGCAGCACGAGCUCACGGCUUCAGAUCCAGCAACACCUACAAUGACGCGUGUGGAAGAUGGUCGAAAAAUGAACUCUCCAGCAUAAAACAGAUAUCUGAGGCGAGCAGCGAAAGCAGUGGACUCACCGGGAAUGAUUUCGCUUCACCGACUGAGUUUUGACUCCCGCGAAGCUUCAGUGUGAACAGACAGAUAAGCAGAAAACCAUUUCGCCAGCUAUUUUGCAUGCAGCCUACAAGGCGCAUGAAGUCUGGGAUAGGCUAUAUUGUUCCACCCUGUUCAGUUCGUCCAGCGAUCUUGCAAUGUGUGCACUGCUGUUUUUUUCUGAAGGAGGUGUGGGGGGUUUCUUACUGACCGAAGAGUGCCCGUUAGAAGCAAUAUCCAUUUUUCUCUGCAAAAUGUUUUGAGCGCCAAGGAGUCUGAGAGCUGCUGGUGUCGUCUGGGGGUUUCUUCACUGCGCAGACAAGCGGCGGAUCGUCUCUGCGCUACCGCUCGUCUCGUCUCCUCCACAACAACACAACAGACAGUGAAGGAGGCAGGGAGGCGGAGAAGGUCUUCGGGUAGGAAAUCUGGAAAUAUACGGCGUUAAAAUGACGAUGUCCGUCCCGGAGAGGAAAUCAGGAUCGGAGGGGAAAGAAGAGGAGAGCGAGGAUGAGAGUGAAAUCCUGGAGGAGAGCCCGUGCGGCCGCUGGCAGAAACGGAAAGAGCAGGUGAGCCAAGGUAAUGUCCCAGGUGUGGAAAGUGCCUCUCUGGCCAUGGACACAGAGGAGGGCGUGGAGGUGGUGUGGAACGAGGUGCUCUUCUCUGACAAGAAGGUCUUCAAAGCACAGGAGGAGAAGAUCAAAGAGAUGUUUGAGAACCUGAUGCAGGUGGAACACCCCAACAUUGUCAAGUUCCACAAGUACUGGCUGGACAUGAAGGAGAGUCAGGCGCGGGUUAUAUUCAUCACAGAAUACAUGUCGUCGGGCAGCCUCAAGCAAUUUCUGAAGAAAACUAAGAAGAACCACAAGACUAUGAAUGUGAAGGCCUGGAAGAGAUGGUGCACCCAGAUUCUCUCUGCCCUCAGUUAUCUGCACUCUUGUGACCCACCAAUAAUCCAUGGCAACCUGACGUGCGACACCAUCUUCAUUCAGCACAACGGCCUCAUCAAGAUCGGCUCAGUGUGGCAUCGGCUAUUUGUUAAUGUGUUUCCAGAUGCCAGUGUCCAUGGUAAAGGGAGGCAGCAUCGCGAUGAGCAGAGGAAUCUUCAUUUUUUUGCUCCAGAAUAUGGAGCUGGCGAAGAUGAUUAUGCCAUAGACAUUUUCUCCUUUGGCAUCUGUGCUCUAGAGAUGGCAGUACUGGAGAUCCAGGCCAAUGGAGAUACUGCUGUGUCCAAGGAGGCCAUCGUCAAUGCAGGUCAAUCUCUGGAAGACCCUCUCAUGAGAGAGUUCACCCAGUCAUGUUUGCGCCAUGAAGCUAAGCUCCGUCCUACGGCUCACGACCUUCUGUUCCACCGAGUCUUGUUCGAGGUCCACUCCCUCAAACUGCUCGCCGCCCACUGCCUCAUCAACAACCAGUACUUGCUUCCAGAAAACUGUGUGGAGGAGAAAACCAAGUCCUUUGACCCCAACGCCGUCAUGGCAGAGAUUAAACAUGAAGAUAGACAGGGAGUUCAGCUCAAAUAUUCCCACGUGUCCCCUUUGGAACUUGACAAGUUUCUGGAGGAUGUCAAGAAUGGGAUUUACCCCUUGAUGAACUUCGCCUCGUCUCGGCCUCACCCCGUCCCUCGCGCCCUCUCCUUGUCUCAGGAGCAGGUUGAGACGGUCAAGACGCCGACUCCUGAACCCCAGGAGACGGAAACAAGGAAGGUUGUUCAGAUGCACUGUAAUUUGGAGUCAAAUGAAGAAGGGACCAAAACUCAUGUGAGUCGCAUAGUAUUACAGCUCUCUUUGUUUCUGAAGAUGGAUGACAAACUUCAUAGGCAGCUUAGCUGUGACAUCCUUCCAACUGACACCUCCAAAGACCUUGCCAGUGAACUUGUUCACUACGCCUUCAUAAAUGAGGAGGACAGUGAGAAGGUAGCAGGGUUCCUGGAGGACGCCAUCAGCCGUCACCGGGUCCGAGCGCUCGCCUCUGGGAGCACACAGUGAGGAGGGGUCACGGCAGCGACUGGCUCGGAAAGAGGGGCCCAGGCAUUGACCACAUGGAUUGAGAAAGGGAGAGGGCAGCAGGCAGGAUCACACAGCCGGGAACUGAGGGAACGGAGGGCCCAGCUGGGGAUAAAAAGGGGACAAAUACAGAAGGACGCUGGGCCUUGACAGUCAGUAAAUCAUCCCAGAGAGAUGGAGGAAACGCCAGCACUGAGAAAGGAACCGAAGGCACCUCUGGUUGGAGGGCCAGAGGCAUCAUGACUGUGUUCAGCAAUCCCAAAAAGCAGUGGAAGAUUGACAAACUCCCUGCCUAAAAGGGCUAUCAUGCCUUAAGAUAUCUUGACAACUUAGAUUUUCCAUAAUGCCACUAUUCAGAACAGAUGUGUUUUACUUACAAAUGCCGCAGCUAUGUUUUCAGAAGGACGUUUUAUUGCUCAUAAGCCUCGUUUGCACUCCAAUGUCCACUUUGAUUGGUGAUUAUUUACUUUUAAUUGUAAACACAGUGAUUUACUAAAGCCUCUCUCCCUUACAAGCCAGAACCUUCAGUUUAUUACCGUUUUAGGAAUUUAAUAUUCCGUCCACCAUGCACUGUUAAUACUCAUUCAGUUGACUUAUUUAUUUCUGUUUAACUGUGAACAAUAGAAGCUUUGCACAAGUCUUUUUUUGCUUUACUUUUAAUGACCUGCAAAGUUAACACACCUCACUGCACUCUUGGGUUAAAGGCUAUUUCUCCCAGAGCUAAACACACCAUGCCUAAAUGUAGUGACGGGCAAUGAGAUGAUGCCUCUCUUUUAGCCUGGAGUGCUCUUAAGGGAUUUCCCUGUGAAAGUGUUCUGAAAGCCAAAGAAGUGCCUGAUAUGGCAAUGUACUUUGGUUAAAAUUUCCUAAUAAAACGGCAUCAUACCCAACUUAGCAAUUUUACAGUUUUAAAAUCAGAUGCAUUGAUUCGGACUAGUUCCCAUCUCUUAUCAUGAGUCCACAUAGUCAGCCUGAGUGAAUGUGAAGAUGAGCUUGGUGAGCACCUGGUAAUGGCAGCUCUAUCAAGAGUUGCAGCCACUGUAUAUUGGACAUAUGGAUCGGGAUAAAAUGCUCUCUGCUGCAGUCAAUAUUAGUUUGGCAAGACCUGCAGCUCGUGUACAAAAACUGGAAUACAUCACAGGAAGCUUGUAAAGUAAAAUCAUAGUCCUAUAUAAGUGGGAGGAAGGGUGUUGGUGAUGUGAUCUUAAGACUUGUUAAUAAAAAUUGCCAUAUUGUUGAUAAAUAUUACUAAUACACUUAUUUUUGUGGUACUUCCCAAAUCAUCUGAGGAUAUUUUCUAACAUCAAAUUUCUUUUGUAGAUGUGUUUAGAGGUGUUUUUAAAGGAAUAAUCUACCCAAAUAUCUGUAAGAAUGUAUGGUUAUAGUAUUUUCGCAAACAAUACUAGUCCUGCAUGGGCUGCAGGUGAUAAAAAAUAAUCUCUCAGGCAAUAUCAGUGUGAACUUUGGAAUUGAUUGCACUGCAGCCCACACAAACACAAAAAUAGAAAUACAUCCCUUCAGCUCUGCCAGAUUUUCUUGUCAAGAACCCAAUCUUGGCACGGUAAAAGACUAGCAUUUGGGUGGAUUUUUCCUGAACAAAACUGGACAGUAAAAAACAAAAGUGAAUUGUCUGAUCGGUCUUCAGCAGUAUACUCUUGUUUGUCAGACUCAAUUAGCGCUGCUUCAUUUGUUUCCUGGGACUGUAAAGUCACGGUUUCAUAGCAGUUACACUGCUGUACAGUCAUUGCUUACAGUACUUACUUAGUCUACUCUGUGUCAAGCCUUCUUAUCAGUGUGUCUCUGAAGACAGGAGCCAUGAAUUCUCCCAGACAUUCACCUACUAGAGGCUGUGAUGUACAUAUUUGUUUGUGGCUAUUAAAGGGGUUUACUUUUAGACAAACUGUCAAUGCAAAGCAGUGCCACUGUUGCUCUCAUCUGAUCUAGUAAAAUGCAUGUCUUAAUAGCCUGCAACCAUUCAACACUUUGCAUUUUGCCUUUGUCAGUCACAGUUCAGUUCCAGAGGGGACCUGACCAAGAAAAUGAAUGUUUAGACUGUGUAAACAUGAAAAAACCCUAUCCAUAUCAGUCUUAUUUUAUGUCAUAUGAAUUUUUCCCCCCGUGAAUAUGUUGAAUGAAACUUGCCUUUGGAUGUGUUCUACUUAAACCUUUGUUUAAUAUUGUAGCUACUGCAAUUAAAUACAUGACAAUAAACAAUAUGUGACAUGUUG